ACCCAAACCUAAUCGACUUACGCUUCGUUUGACAUUAAUCGAACACAACAACGCGCUAAAAUCCGUGAAUAUCUUGAAUUAAUUCUUUAUUUUAACUUAAAAUACGUGAACUGAGUGCAAAAUGAGUGGCCCCAACGGCAUGUUGUACGGUGGAGACGAGAUCGGCGCUUUAGUGUUCGACCCAGGGCACCACAGCCUGCGAGUGGGUUAUGCUCAAGAAGAUACUCCGAAAGCCGAUAUCCCUGCUGUGGUUGGUGUAGGACCGGCUACUCAUAUCCCAGAGAGCGAGGAGAAAGUCCCUGAUGGCAAUGUUACACAGAGCGGAACUAAAGCCGGCGGGGAGCUCCGCCACUACAUUGACGUCACGGAGCUCCACGUGCCCCGCCCGGGCAUGGAGGUGCAGACAUACAUGAAGGACGGACAGGUCGACAACUGGGAUCUUUUUGAGAAGAUGCUCGACUAUUGCUAUGCUAAGGUUAUUCGCUCCCCAUCCGAACACCACCCGGCCCUGUUUACCGAAGCAGUGUGGACCACCAGACCGGCUCGUGAGAAGCUGGCAGAGCUGCUCUUCGAGAAGUAUCAGGCGCCAGCUUUCUUCCUAGUGAAAAACGCUGUGCUCUGCGCGUUCGCUAACGGAAAGUCCACAGCGCUGGUGGUCGAUGCUGGCGCUAGUCAGACCUCCGCUGUGCCGGUUGUAGAUGGCUACGCCCUAGUAAAUGCCGCCGUCCGGUCGCCUAUAGGUGGCGACCACCUCGCGGCCCAAGCCAAGCAUCUGCUCAGCACCAUGCAUAUACAAAUGCUGCCAGUAUACAGCAUACAGAGUAAGGAAGUGAUCAGAGAGCGCGAGCGGGCCAGAUAUACCUUGAAGACCCUACCAGCCGGUUUGACACACUCCUGGCAGCAGUAUAUGCUCAAGCGGCAGUACGAAGACUUCUGUCACUGCAUCGCACAGGUGUCAGAGUCGGCUUACGAUGAGCGGGUAGCCAGUACGAUCCCGGGCGUGCACUACGAGUUCCCCGGAGGCUACCACCAGGACUUCGGCGUCGAGAGAUUCAAGAUGGCCGAGUGCCUGUUCGAGCAGAGUCUGGGGGCGCCACAUUUAGCUUGCGCGGCGGCGGCGGCGUGCGACGCGGACGCGCGGCCCGCGCUGUGGGGCGCCGUGGUGGCGUGCGGCGGCGGCGCCAACGCGCCCGGCUGGCUCGAGCGCCUCGCCAAGGAGUUGGCUGCGCGCGCGCCGUCCGCGCACCGGCUCAAGUCGCACGCCGCGCCCUCGCCCACCGAGCGACGCUUCGCCGCAUGGAUCGGCGGGUCCAUCCUAGCGUCCAUCGGGUCAUUCCAACAGAUGUGGAUAUCAUCUCAAGAGUACGACGAAGGCGGAAAAGGGCAACUCGAGAGGAAAUGCCCUUAGGAACCCAGCUACAG